AUGCCAGACCACAAACCCCCCUCCGCGCCCCGAAUAGCCAUCUCCUUCGGCAAGAACUCAUCGUCCUCAUCCUCGUCCAAACCCAACCGACCACCACCACCGCCGCCCUCCCGCCUAGGCAAACGGUCUCGCGCCCCGGCUCUAGGCAACGACUCAGACUCGGACUCGGACGACGGCCGCGCCCACCGCCACGAAGCAAUCACCGAACUGGGCGGCGACUCGGACGCCGACAGGUCGUCCCGCAAGAAGCCCCGCGACCUGGUCAUCACGAAACAGUCAAACCGCGACUGGAAGGCCGAGCUCCGCGCAAAGCGCGGCGGCAAGAACCUCCUGCCGGCCGAGGCGCAGGCCGCGCAGGCCGGGGCCGGCAGGGAGACGGAGCCGGCGGACGCGCAGGCCGCGCAGGCCGGGGCCGGCAGGGAGACGGAGCCGGCGGACGCGCAGAAGGACAUGCAGUGGGGUCUCACGGUGACGAAGCCGCGACAGCAGCAGGCCGAGGAGGGUGAGGAGGGUGCGAGGACCGGCGAUGGCGGGCGCGACGGCGGCAGGGAACGUCGACGGUCUGCGUCGCCGGCGGCCGAGGCUGUGAGACCGCAGACGGCGGAUGAGGCGGCCGAGGCUGUGAGACCGCAGACGGCGGAUGAGGCGGCCCUUGAUGCGCUGCUGGGGAAGAAGCGCGCGUCUGAGGAGAGGACGAUUCGGCCGUCAGAGGACAGCGCCUACAAGGAUGACGUGGCGCAGCAUGUUGGGGCCGACGCGACGAUGGAGGACUACGACGCCAUACCGGAUGGGGAGUUUGGGGCGGCGCUGCUGAGGGGCAUGGGGUGGGAUGGGAAGAUGCGGGGGCCUAAGCCGUCAAGGGCAGCCGCGGGGGAGAGGCGGCAGAACCAGCUCGGACUGGGGGCGAAGAAGCUGCAGGACGCUGAGGAUCUGGGGCAGUGGAACCACGGCGGUGCGAAGAAGCGCGAUGGCCGGCCUCCGAAGCUGGCCGAUUACCGGCGGGAGGAGGAAAGGAAAAAGGCCGAGAGGAGGGACAGGAGAGAAGGCGGUUAUCGGGAGAGAGACCGCUACGAGGACGCGGCGAGAGAUCGCGAGCGGGACCGCGAUCGAGGGCGUGACAGGGACUACGACCGCGACCGAGGCAGUCAUCGCGACAGAGACAGGGAGCGGGAUUCAGGGAGGCACCGUAGUGGUGAGUCGAGGAGGUACUAG